AUGCCGGCUAUUGAUGUUUCGGUCUCUUCCUACGGAUACUUCCUGCUGCCCUCAAGUGUCGAUCGAAAGCAAUCCGCAUGGAAGCCAUUCAAGAUCAUCAAUCUCUCGUCUUCUCAUGCUUUCGGCUCUGCGGCAGCUAGACUCGGCCCCAUAGCGGACACACUGGUCUCCAACAACCAAUUGCACAACCCUCGACUCUUCGAAUUUACUCACCGGGCCUCUCCUAUUUUGCCUCUCAUGUUGCAGGUUCACGGACUAACAGAAACCUGGGUCGCAUACCUGGGUGGCCAAUCCCUGCUUUCUAUCAGCACGGAUGGCACUUUGCAAUGCGUCCACUCAAAGAAGUAUGCCUCCUUUUUUGGAUCGUGGGGUGAUACCCUCUGCCAAAGAAUCAGAGGGGAAAAAAAGACAAAAAUUCAGAGUUGUCUUGGAGAAGCACGUCAAGCCCUGACCUACGGGCUAUGGCCUCCGCAACUAUCGCCUGACUGCCUCCAUAGUGACCAACAAGUAUCCAGAAUCAUUGCCCUUCGAAAUUCGCCAUUGGGCAGAUCAGCCCGGAACACCCGAACUUUGCCUCCCAGUUCUUCUUCUAGCUUACUUCGAGAGCUCCAGUUCCCCUUGCCGAACCUAUCCCAAACGGCUGUCAAGUGCCGGCCUACUUCCGGACCACACCAGUCCCGCCAUCAAGGACGCGUCGGUGGGCCAUCAAAGGCUCUUCAAUGCCGCGGUUCUUAUCUUGAUCGCUCCAUGUCCCCCACCUACACCAGUUUCGCACUCCAGAAAUCUGGGUAUUCCGCGGUCCGCCGUCUGUCGCGCCCUGAUAAGGGUUCCUCCACUUUCCGCAAUGAAUAUUACUACUCGGCUCGCCACUGCAUGUUCUGGCUGCUUCCCGGUUUCCCGCCCACGAACCUUUCCCCCGUCCACCAUUCUCAGUCCAUCUUCGGGGAAAGCAAUGAGCUGUUGAUGGCUAUAUUCGAGACCAAGAGCGACAUUUCGUCGACUGGCGGGGAAAAGAAGUCGGCAACCGAUGUCGAGCGAGGCUUCUUGGGGGAUGAUCAUGCCGUUCACCAGGCUGACUUCGCAACCGGAACCAGCACAUACGCAAGACUGCAAAGGCUGGCGGGCAAGCUUGGUGUCGAGCAGAGAGGUAUCGAGAGGGUCCCCGAAGACGAACGAAUCAACGAUGCCGUCGCCAACGUCGGAACGUUGUGGUGCUCUGCCAAUAUGGUAGUCUCAUCCUUUGCCAUUGGUGUUUUGGCUAUUCCAGUCUUCAGUCUCGGAUUUGUUGAUACGGCUUUGACCAUUGUCUUUAUCAACUUUCUGGGAGUCUUACCGGUCUGCUUCUUCUCGACUUUCGGCCCCACAUUCGGUUUGCGACAAAUGGUCUUGUCCCGUUACUGGUUUGGCUUCUACGCUGUCAAGCUGAUUGCGGUCUUCAAUAUCCUUGCCUGUCUAGGUUGGUCGGCGGUGAACACCAUCGUCGGUGCUCAACUCUUCCAUGCGGUCAACAACAACAUGCCUGGGUGGGCUGGUAUCCUCGUUAUUGCCAUCUCGACUCUGAUGAUUUGCACCUUUGGUUACCGAAUUGUCCACACUUACGAGCGAUUCUCUUGGAUCCCCUGCGCCAUCAUCUUCCUCAUCGUUCUCGGCGUCUUUGCGCACUCGGGCAAGUUCAACAGCAUGUUGCCCAUGAGCACCGGCCCGUCAGAAGCGGGCUCUGUCCUCUCCUUCUCUGCCAGCGUUUACGGCUUCGCGACGGGCUGGACAUCCUACGCGGCCGAUUACACGUGCUACUACCCGGCGUCCACUUCCAGAAUGAAGGUCUUCCUCGUCACCUUCUGCGGCCUCUUCUUCACCCUGUGCUUCACCGAGUUGCUGGGAGCCGCCGUCAUGACUGCCAGCGUUACUGACCCCACGUUUUCCGACGCCUACGCCAACUCUGGAAUCGGAGGUCUUUUGGCAGCCGUUCUGGUCACCAAGCUGGGUGGCUUUGGCCAGUUCUGCCUCGUCAUCCUCGCCCUUUCGAUCAUCGCCAACAACUGCCCCAACAUCUACUCGGUCUCGCUCUCUCUGCAGGUCCUGUCCAGAAAGACCGAGCGUAUUCCCCGAUUCAUCUGGGUCUUUGUUGGCACUGGCAUUUACAUUGCCAUCAGCAUUCCGGGCUACGAUCACUUCGAAUCAUGGCUCGAGAACUUCAUGCUCAUCAUCGCUUACUGGCUCGCCAUCUACGAGGGCGUCAGUCUCACUGAUCACGUCGUUUUCCGUCGCGGCAUCAGAGGAUACGACAUCAGCGACUGGGACACGCCUUCGCGCCUACCCCCUGGAUUCGCCGCCAUCGUGGCUUUCUUGAUGGGCGUCAUGGGUGCCGUGCUCGGCAUGUCACAAAGCUGGUUCACCGGUCCCAUUGGCAAGCUUGCCGGCGGAAGCUUUGGCGGUGAUAUUGGCUUUGAAUUAGCCUUCUCUUUUGCAGCAGUCUCCUAUGUGGUGCUGCGUACAGUCGAGAAGAAGUUUUUCAAGAGAUAG